AUGUCUGCGCCUGCGAAGUACUUCAAGGUCACACAGCUCAAGUCCACCAUUGGGCUCCCUAGACUCUACAAGGACACCCUCGAGACCCUUGGUUUGAGGAGGAGACACCAAACGGUUUACCAUAAAAUCACUCCACAGCAAGCGGGGCAGAUUGCCAGAGUUAAGGAGCUCGUCAAGGUCGAGCUCUCUCCCGUGUACAAGGACAAGGCGCAAAUGAGGGCAGAGAGAAAACCAUUGCCUGGGUUUGUUGUUGUUAAAAGGAGAGCUUAG